CCAGUAAUCUUUAGCCAUGUUUUCAUAACAACCGACUACGUAUCACUGCUAACUGCGACUAAAUAUUCAGCGGAAGGUAUCGAUCAGUGACGCUUUAUAAUGAAGUGACAAGUGCAACGAUGGAUGGAAGUUUUGGAGAAGCUAGUGACAGGGGGACGUCGGAACUGGUUAGUACCCGAGCUUGAAGGAGUCGGUUUAACUCGGCCACAUUCGGCUCUCGUGAAGAUAGUCACCACCACCGCACAGACACCUAUCAGUGACGUCAUCAAAACACCCCUCGAUGACGUCAUAAAGUCUUCGACGUCAACUGUUGAAUGAAAUUCAAAUAAUAAAGACACCCAUUAAUAUCGUCAAGACACCGUUGCCUGACAUCAUAAAGUCACCUCUGGGCGAAGUUAUGAAAGUUCCUGUCAGUAUUCAGAUAGAAGAAAUUCCUAUUCGGACCAAAGAAGUAGCUAAUUCGUCAUGUACGUCUAGCAUCAGCAGUAGUUCGGUGACAACUUCCAUGACUUCAUCAUCGUCAAUAGAAGAAGGCAAAAUCAUUUCUCCUUUCCAAAUAGAACAGGACUGGAGAGAAGCUGCUCAAGAACCAUCGCUCACAGUCAGGUGUAAGAAAACUACAGGUGAACUUGUCAAAAGCAGAUUUGGUUCUGGGUCGCGGGGGAAAUGCAUCCUGCUGGGGAAGGAAUGGUUCACUCCAACUGAGUUCGAAGCUCAUUGUGGCAGGUCAGCUAGCAAGGACUGGAAACGAAGUAUAAGGUUUCAAGGACAGAGCCUUCUAACCCUGAUUGAUGAGGGGUUUCUUCAGGUUCAUGCAACAUCUUGUUCCUGUAGUAUAUGUCUUGAUGAUGAUGAUGCUGCUGGUACAGUACGAUUACAUCGACCAUUCAAGCGCAAGAGACGAGACAAGAUUUUUCUUAGCACUGACUUGACAGGAAAAGUUCUUAAGCGCACGGUGUCAGAGGAGCCAGGAUCAACAACACCCACAGUAACACUCCCAGUGUCAGAAUUAGGGGAUCUGACAGUAGUUCCUGGUUUAGUGCUCAGCAGUGGAACAUCCCCAGCGCAAGGCAAUGCCAUAGCAGCAGGUGCAGUUUCUACACCUCAGUCUACAGCUGUUUCAUCUGCUAAUUGCAGUUCUCCAGGCACUCUUGCCAACCUUCCUUUAGAUAAGGCAUGGGAACGCAUGAAUGAGGUACUGAUUGGAUUGGAAAGAAGCGUCUCUGCUGCAAGAACUUUACUAGAAGAGCUUAAAGAGAGAACCCAGCAAGAUGCCUAUGAUGUAAGACAAAAAUUGCUCAGUGAGAAGGAAGAUGCAGUCACUCAAGCCAAGCUUGAAGCUCAGUUCUCCAGUAUGGCUAAGUCUUCAGAAGGAUUUUUGGUUCAAGUAAGGGAUGAGGAUACUGGCCAGUCCCUCCAACCCAUCAUGUUAGACUCAUUAAUUUCUAACAUGCCAUCUCUAACUCCAGCACCUGCCAUCAACGGCGUGCGUAAAAAGCAGUGUGUCAACUGUAACCGUGAAAGUGAACUGGAGUGCUCAGGUUGCCACAACAAAGCCUACUGUAGUGAUUUCUGCCAGAGACGUGAUUGGAUCAACCACCAGAGUGAAUGUACUAGGUCUAGUCCUCCUCCAGAAGAUCCACUUAAUAACGUAGCUCAAGUUCCUGGAUACAUAUUUAUGCUUUCAGAUUAAGUUGUUUAGUUGAUUUUAAUUUUAUGUAGUAGUCAUAAUGUACAUAACUUUUUUUAUUACGUUAUUUGUAAAGAUAUAGACAGUAUUAUUUUAAUAAGAUAUUUUAGGUUAAUAUUACAAUGGUUGACUUUUCAUAUUUGAUGUCACUUUAAUGAAUAUGAUUAAAGCAUUCCUCAAAUGCUACAAGGACUGUUUUUAAAAGAUAACUAGGCAGUCCCCGGGUUACAACGGGGUCCCGUUCUUGAGAUGUGUUGUAACCCGAAAAUCGUAAAAAAUCCUAAGAAAACCUUACUUUUAAUACUUUGGGUGCAUUGAAAACUAUGUAAACUACAUUUUUAUUGCAUUUUUCAUAAAAAAAAAUUCAAAUAUUGAUUAUUUUGCAUUUUUGGUGUCGUAUUUCUUCUGCCAGAUGAGCAUUAUAGGCAUCGUAACCCUGGUACAUGCGUUGUAACCCUGGAAAUAAUUUUUGAUGAAUAUAAUUGAAAAGCGCCUUGACCUCGAAACGUCGUAACCCAGGGACUGCCUGUACAGUGAUUGGUUUUAUAUUGGUUUUCCAAAUCUUUUGUUAGUUGAUAUACUUCAUCCCUGGUCUCUGUAUGGUUAUACUAGAAGUUUUAUGUUAAUUUUUCAUUCAUUAUUUCAUCAUAUAUUUGGUUUGUGAGCUAGCUUUAGGUAUUGUCUGUCUAUUUAUUUAUCAAUCUAUCUAUCUAUCAAGCUAUCUAUCUCAGUCUCAGGAGGCAUAAUACAUAAUAUGUAUUGUCACCUGGGCUCCUGUGAGCACCAGAAGUGUUGGUAAACUCACAGGGUUACUCAGUAACAUAAAUAUCUGGCAAGUGAAGGGGGACAGAGAGAACAAGGAAGUGCAAAACGAGAACUGGUAUUCACUUUAUGUAAAAUAAAAGAAUAAAAUUGAUAAGAUCAUAUUUUAUAAUUUGUGGCAAAAUAAAGGAUAAAAAUCCUCUUUUGAAAAAUCAUGAAGAGCAAAGUUAUAUAUGAAAUUAACCCAAUUGCACUAUGUAUACCCUGUAAUUUGAAGAAAAAUUAAUUAAUCACAUAUACAGUUAAACCCUGGUCCUCAACCAUAUUAAAACUUGACAUAAUAGGACUUCAGUGUGAAAUUACGUGUAAAUUUUUCAUUGGAACUCAAACAAAAAACCUGAAUCCGACCUGAUGAACCAUGUGACUUUUGUCAACAAAAGUGUUUCGGUCAGUCACCGCUAGUUGGCGCUGGUAGUGGCAUUGUUCUCCACCAUAUCCAUGCAUAUUCAAAUCUCCAGGAUAAAAUAUCUUUUUUAAUUGUUUUUUCAACUAAAAGUAUAGGGUAUGGAGAUGCAAAACCAAUGCCCAUCUGGUAUUCUGGUAACCCUGGAAUGCUAUAGUACUGUGUACAUAUAACGAAAAUGUAAUCGGUAAUCACAUGGGAGAAAUAAACUGCGGCUUUUAGAUGUUUAAACCUGCAUUCUACAAAUCCUCAAGGGCUGCAAACUCAGCAGUACCUACCAAGUUAAAGAGUACAUUUUUUUCACAUCGGAACUCAAUGGCAAAUUUGUGCCUACCUACUGUCACCCUUCAAGCAUAUUUUCAUAUGAAAGAUCUCGCACAUGCCCAUAUGUUAUUUACGAAUAUUAUGUUACUGUUAAUCUUUAAAUAAAAUAAACUCUGGUUCUCAAGCAGUUUUUAACUAAAAUAUACCAAAGUUCCAAGUUGCAGAGAUACUGAUUUAACAAAGAGAAAACUUUACUCUCGCUAAGGACAGUGCCAUGAACUUGCCUACCUCCUGUCAGCCAUCAGGCACACUUCCCUAUGAAAGUUCUUUAGCCUUGUCAGAAUAGGUUACAAUGUAGGCCAGUUUUUUAAUGUAUACAUGGCUAUUAAUGUAACUGAAAUAGUCAAGUGAAGAACUCACCAGCUUUGAACUAUCCAAGGGAUGCUUUUAGAUACAAACAUGUUACUAAUUCCACUACAGAAGUAUAAAUGUUCCACUUGCUCGAAUGUCCAUGCCACAUUUAUGUGUAACUGUUAUCACCCUUUAAGCAUACUACUUUCAUUUGGAAGGUCUCUUGCACUCAAGUUACGACACUAUUUUACAUCACUUUUCCAUGUUGUUAAUGUUAUUUGCCUAUAAGUGAGAGAAUAAACCACAACUCUCAAGCAGUCUUGAACUCAGUCUGAUAUUUACAAGUCUUAACAGAAAUUAUUUUCUUAUGUCAUAAUUCUUAAGACAAUAGUCACUUAACUUUUGUAAUUAUAUUGUAUUAUAAAAUUUGCAAAAUAAAAUCUAUAAGAGUAA